UGAUGAUCUUCCAUCAUCAGACGUCGCCAGUGUGGAGAAAACCAUGGGAUCGUAUAUUGGUGAUGCGUAUUGGCGUUCCAGGAUCUCAACGGAUCUGUUUCAUGAGGUGAGGGAUGUCAUGGAUGAGACACUGGACUGGGAAUUCUUAUGCCUGAAGCUUGACGACCUUACCGAUGCACUUUUGCCUAAGCCGGUUGUCAAGCAUACUCAAAGCCGUAAUAAAAAACGGCGUGCACCCAAAACCGUAUUUAUGCGCCAGGAAAUACCAGAGGGAUUAGAGUGGUUGGCUUGCCGUCGGUAUAUUCUGAGGCGACUAAAUAAAGUGCAAGAAAUCGUCUCUAAGGGUUAGGGGAAAAGCCUGCGAGGUUGAUUGAAGAUAGAGGUUACCACUACACUAAUAAUGAUAAUAAUAAUAAUACCUUCAAG